UGAGCCUUUACACACGUGCCAUGUAUUUUCUUGGCUUAGUAAAUUGAACCCAUUGCAAGGAGUACAGCGUAUAAGUGUAGGAAGAUAAACCGAGUUAAAUUGGGAUGGGAAGACAAAUUUUUGCAAUGUUUUAUGAAGUUUGGAUGUACUUCCGAGGGUGACUUGCCCAAAUCAUCCAGAUUCCAUUUUAGUGGAGGAUUACAGAGCUGGUGAUAUGAUUUGUUCUGAGUGUGGGCUAGUAGUAGGUGACCGGGUCAUAGACGUGGGCUCGGAGUGGAGAACGUUCAGCAAUGACAAAGCAACCAAAGACCCCUCUCGAGUCGGGGAUACCCAGAAUCCUUUGCUCAGUGAUGGUGACUUGAGUACAAUGAUUGGCAAGGGCACAGGUGCAGCAAGUUUUGAUGAAUUUGGGAAUUCAAAGUACCAAAAUCGCAGAACUAUGAGCAGCUCUGAUCGUGCGAUGAUGAAUGCUUUUAAAGAGAUUACGAACAUGGCAGACAGAAUCAACCUCCCUAGAAAUAUAGUUGAUCGAACAAAUAAUUUAUUCAAGCAAGUGUAUGAGCAAAAGAGCCUGAAGGGGAGAAGUAAUGAUGCUAUUGCUUCUGCUUGUCUCUACAUAGCCUGUAGGCAAGAGGGUGUUCCAAGAACUUUUAAAGAAAUAUGUGCAGUGUCCAGGAUUUCAAAGAAAGAAAUAGGCCGGUGCUUUAAACUUAUUUUGAAAGCUCUGGAAACGAGCGUUGAUUUGAUUACAACUGGAGACUUCAUGUCACGAUUCUGUUCUAAUCUGGGUCUUCCCAAACAAGUACAAAUGGCAGCAACACACAUUGCCCGUAAAGCUGUGGAAUUAGAUUUGGUUCCUGGAAGAAGCCCUAUCUCUGUAGCAGCUGCAGCUAUUUAUAUGGCAUCACAGGCUUCUUCAGAGAAAAGGACACAAAAAGAAAUUGGUGAUAUUGCUGGUGUGGCUGAUGUUACGAUUAGACAGUCAUACAGGCUGAUCUAUCCUCGAGCUCCAGAUCUUUUCCCAGCAGACUUCAAGUUUGAUACCCCAGUAGACAAACUACCACAGCUGUGAGAUUACAGAGGGUUAAUUUCUGUUAACCCCCCCAUAAAAAAACCCAACAAAAACUCUUUAUUUUUGCCUAUAAUAAAGGAUGUACAAAGUGUUAA